CGCUGACAAAUCUAAAGUCGGUUGCGGAGCUGCCUGCAUCAUCCGCCGACCGAGCCAGGAACCGACGAGCAGAACCGGAGUAAAAAAUGGCGUUCACAUUCGCGGCCUUUUGUUACAUGCUUGCUCUGCUGCUCACGGCGGCGCUUAUCUUCUUCGCUAUCUGGCACAUAAUAGCAUUUGAUGAGCUGAAGACUGAUUACAAGAAUCCUAUAGAUCAGUGUAACACUUUAAAUCCGCUGGUGCUGCCAGAGUAUCUCAUCCAUUUCUUCUUCUGCGUGAUGUUCUUCUGCGCAGCCGAGUGGCUCACCCUCUGUCUCAAUCUACCACUGCUGGCUUAUCAUGUCUGGAGGUAUAUGAGCAGACCUGUGAUGAGCUGUCCGGGACUCUACGACCCAACAACCAUCAUGAACGCCGACAUCCUGGCGUUCUGUCAAAAAGAAGGCUGGUGCAAACUGGCUUUCUACCUGCUGUCGUUCUUCUACUAUCUCUACGGGAUGAUUUAUGUUCUGGUGAGCUCUUAAACCGGACGAUGAAGGAAAAGGACCUGCAUGAACCGUAGACGACCAGACACUAUGCUCUUAGUGCUGGAACACUGGACCUGCUGGAGACCAGCGUUCAGCAACACAAGACGCCAUUUCUAGCGGACGAACUCUCGACCACCCCCCCACACACACAGCGCAGAGUGUCAUUUUGGAAACAUUUAGCCCGUUUUAAGAGAAUAUCUCGGUCGCAGCGUUCCUCUCAUAAGCACUAUAGUUUAAAUUUUAUGGAAAACGAGGACAAACCUGAAUGGACAAGUUUUUUGUUUUUUCCUUCUUUUUUUUUAUUUUUAAAGGUGUGGUGAUUUUGAUGCUUGGGAUUUAAAUAAAGUUUUUUUUUCAUCUUGGUUCCCCACUUUUGAGUGUUUACAAAUUUAGGUAGACAUUUUCAGGUGUGCAUUAUCUGUGAGAAUCUGAGCUGAACUGCGUUAGCUUUUCCUGUGAAUUAGACUCUGGGCUUUGACGGCUAAUUUAAACCCGCAGCGUGAUUCAUCAUCAUCACUAAAACAAACGGUUAAAUGCAAACUACACUUCUGUUCUUGCUCAAGGAUACAUGGGGUCUAAAAAAAAAAAAAAAAAAACGGUUGUUUUGGGACGUGAAGGUGCGGUUUUGUACAGUGAGGGCUGAAGUGCAUGGGUUAUUAUCACUUAGUGUUGCACAGCGACAAUCACAACCUGGUUGUCACAUCAGUUUUCAGACUUUCUGAUGUAUCGUUUCCAUACUUCAGACUUAUCUAUCAUCACAUUAACAUCAUGUAAUCCCUGUUGAAACCAAUGGCAAUAUUUGUUUUAAGUGUGAAUCCAGAGUAGGCAGCGAUGUGUCCGUGACCUGUAUUUCUGUAGAAUCGCCCUCGCAGCAGCUAUCGAUAAAAUAAAAAGGUAAACUCAACAGUAUACCAAUAUACUCGGCAUUAGGGAGCAACAGUGCUUCAAUUCUGCUUUUCGCGUUUGAGCUUUAGUGGCAAACUGCUGGUGUGCCAUACUGUUGAAUGUACCUUUUUGAAAUUCCUUAACUGUUUUUGUCGUGUGCAUUUUGUUCAUUUCAGCACCAAAUGUUCUCCAGCAUUAGCAUCAACAAUGUUUAUUUAUUCUUUUUUUUUUUUUUUUUUUUUUUUAAAUCGUCUCCAAGAUAUCAAGUACUCCUCACUGUCGGCUCGUUUCCAGAAAUCGAAUCUGGAAAGGUUUUUUUUUUUUUUUUUUUUAGAAUCAAGGCCAUUAAAGAUAAAAGUUUUCAUAAAUACUGGAGUAUUUAUUGCCAUUUUCAAGUGUGUACAUUUAUCAGGGAAAGGGAUGGUCAUUUGUCACAGGUAACAUUUUUAUGUAUUAGAUCCCAUCGUGUCACAUCUAGGAAAUGACAACUUGAGUUUAUUUGAAUCUAAAUAAAACUAUCCCACUCUUA